GUUCUUUUUGUAAACAAUUUGCCCUUUUACAAAGAAUACAUCAAAGCAAUUGCCUAAGCUUUAUGACAAGAGUUUCAUAAAAAAUACCAAGAUACAUACAUACGUGCAGAUAUAUAUAUUCAUACUUGAAACAAACGCCCCCUUAUACUCAUGCUAUAUAACCGGAAAUUCUAAUAUGCACAAAGAUCCCUUUGUGUAACCUUGCACAACCCAACAAAUUGUCCAUUUUACCCUUAUUCUAAAAUUUAGUCCCAUCUUCAUCCUUCCCAUCAUCUUCAUUAUCUAUUUAUCUUCAACCCAAAACAACCUAAAUUCAUCCCACCCAAAUUCAGAAAAAUAAAAUUAAUUGUUUUAAAACAACUCAGAAUAAAGAUUUUUUUCUUAAUUCUGAAACAGAAUCUUCUUUAGCAUUGAUGAUUGAACCCCAGUCAUAGCACAAGGUGUGGCGGAGCUCUGAUUGCAAACAAGAGGAGCAACCAACACCCUUCUCAACUACACUAACCCCUCGUCACAAACAACACCCAUCACAACAACCAAACCUCUGGACCAGAAGGUGCUAUGUCUGUUGCAGCAGGAAAACAGAGGAAGCAUGGAUUGCCUACACCGAAUGCACCCAUCUUCCUCAUCCCACUCGUCUGCGCCGAUUUACCCUCCCUCCUUCACGCGCACUCGGUUCAUCGUCACGCGCCUCUGCCAUGGCGAAGCCACGAGCCCCAAUUCCGUCAAGGACCAGAUCUACAAAAUCCCUAAAAAAUGGCAGAUGGUUUCUCGCAUACGAAAUGGAGAAGUUGUAUCUUUGUUUUCUCUGGGUCAGAUCUAGGGUGGGAUGGGUUCGGUUUUGGUAGUGGUUGUGAGUUUGGGUCGUGGGGGUGGAGGUUUCAGGUGGUUGGGGUUGCUGCUGUGGUGGGUUUCGUUGGGUGAGUUUGUUGUUAUGGGUUUCUGGGUUAAGUGGGUGGGAGGUGCCAUGGAAUAUUCCCUGAUGGUUGUGGCGGUGGGGGAGGGAGAUGGUGGUGGUGGGAGUGGGUGAGGUUGAAGAUGAAAUUAGGGAUGAAAAUGGGUUGUUGAUGAUGAAGAUGAUGGGAAGGAUGAAGGUGGAAUUAAUUUUUGAAAUAAGGGUAAAAUGGACAAUUUGUUGGGUUGUGUAAGGCUGCACAAAGAUUAUUAGAUGCCCCCCUAUAUAACCUUAUUCAAAUUGGUAGGAAUGAUAAAAAAAAUCAAACAAGGACAGAAUAUUCGCAGAGAGAGAGAGAGAGAGAAGAGAGAAAACCAAACCAGGGUUUAUGUUUGACCAAAACAAACAGCAGGGUUUUGUUUUCGUGACCAGAAACACACACAGUCACAGACACAGUUCUGGUUUUGCAUGGUUGUUGCAAGAACGAUGAACAGAAAUGGCGUGGUUCCUUGGAUGAAGCUCCAAUGGCGGGGCAUAGCGAAAGUGCGUUUGAAGUGGGUGAAGAAUCGAAGCCUCGACCACAUCAUCGACAAGGAAACCGAUCUCAAAGCCGCUUCCCUCCUCAAAGACGCAAUCAACCGUUCCUCCACCGGCUUCCUCACCGCAAAGUCCUUCUCCGGCUGGCAAAAGCUUCUCGGCCUCACCGUCCCCGUUCUCCGCUUCAUCCGCCGCUACCCCACCCUCUUCCACGAGUUCCCUCAUCCUCGCUGGCCCUCCCUCCCCUGCUUCCGCUUAACCGACACCGCACUCCUCCUUCACUCUCAGGAGCAAUCCCUCCACAACCACCACGAAAACGACACCGUUGAGAGGCUCUCCAAGUUCCUCAUGAUGACGAAAACCCGCACUGUUCCCCUUGUCUCCCUCUACCCUCUCAAAUGGGACAUUGGUUUGCCUGAUUCCUUCGAGAAAACCCUAAUCCCCAAAUUCCCUGACCAAUUUCAAUUCGUUAAGGCCCCCAACGGCGUCUCCGCGGUGCGAUUAUCCAAAUGGUGUGAGGAAUUCGCGGUCUCCGCAUUGCAGAAGAGCAAUGAGCGUGACGGUGGUGAUGAUGGGUAUAGGGACUUCAAGAGAGGGAAGGCGGCGCUGGUGUUUCCGAUGAGGUUUCCGAGGGGUUACGGGGCGCAGAAGAAGGUGAGGUUUUGGAUGGAUGAGUUUCACAAGCUGCCUUACAUUUCACCCUAUGCUGAUUCCUCUAAGAUUGAUCCAAACAGUGAUUUGAUGGAGAAGCGUGUUGUUGGGGUUCUUCAUGAGCUUUUGAGUUUGACUAUGCACAAGAAAACCAAGAGGAACUACUUGAGAAGCUUGAGGGAGGAGUUGAAUCUUCCUCACAAGUUUACCAGGAUUUUUACUAGGUAUCCAGGGAUAUUUUAUCUCUCAUUGAAGUGUAAGACGACGACGGUUACUCUCCGGGAAGGGUAUGCCAGGGGAAAGCUUGUGGACCCUCAUCCUCUUGUUCGCCAUAGAGACAAGUUCUACCAUGUCAUGAAGACGGGGCUUCUUUAUCGCGGUGAUGGCUCAAUCCCCAAACCUGAGGGUGGUGCUUUGCUGCUUGAUGAAAUAGGGGAUGAGGGUUCUGAGGAGGAAGAGGUUGAAACAAGUGAUGAAUUCUCCGAGGGUGAAGUUUCAGGGUCGGAUAGUGAAUGAGGUUUUUAAUGAUGCAAGUUUGUAUUUAUCUGACGAGCAACACAAUGACUCACUUCAAAGAUUUUUUUUGGCUCACCAGGUUUACAAGAGAUAUCAUUGAAGGGGAAUGGAAAUGCGAGAGCAAUGAGUAUGGUCUUUGAUAUCAGUGGGAGAUCAAUUUAAAUAACCCUCUUGCACACGAGAGAGACUUUUCUAUUGAGUAUCAGUGUGCUGGAGAGUGGAGACUGGAGACCACUGACUCAUUGGUUCUAAGUUCUAACAUUGUUUGUAACUUCAUCAACAAAGAACUCAACCAAAACUUUAUCAACUAAUAAUCUUACUGUCUUUAGUUUUUUAUA